ACCUUUACGAAGAGGAAGUUUGGAUUAAUGAAGAAGGCCUAUGAGUUGAGUGUGCUCUGUGACUGUGAAAUAGCACUCAUCAUUUUUAACAGCUCUAACAAACUCUUUCAGUAUGCCAGCACUGACAUGGACAAAGUUCUAUUAAAAUACACAGAAUACAACGAACCCCACGAAAGCAGAACCAACUCAGAUAUCGUUGAGACCUUAAGAAAGAAAGGCCUUAAUGGUUGUGAGAGCCCUGAUGCUGACGAUUACUUUGAGCACAGUCCACUAUCGGAGGACAGAUUCAGCAAACUAAAUGAAGAUAGUGAUUUUAUUUUCAAGCGAGGCCCUCCCGGCUUGCCUGCCCAGAACUUCUCCAUGUCGGUGACGGUUCCAGUGUCCAAUCCCAACACUUUAACCUACAGCAACCCAGGGAGCUCCCUGGUGUCCCCAUCCCUGGCUGCCAGCUCCUCGCUCACGGACACGACCAUGCUGUCCCCACCCCAGAGCACCCUGCACCGCAACGUGUCCCCCGGGGCACCGCAGAGACCGCCCAGCGCCGGCAACGCAGGUGGAAUGCUGGGGACAACUGAUCUCUCAGUGCCAAAUGGAGCUGGUACCAGUCCAGUGGGAAAUGGGUUUGUGAAUUCCCGAGCUUCACCAAGUCUGCUUGGUACCAGUGGUGGUGGGAAUGGCCUGGGCAAAGUCAUGCCUACAAAGUCCCCACCUCCACCAGGAGGAGGAAACCUUGGCAUGAACAACCGCAAACCCGACCUCCGUGUCGUCAUCCCACCCUCCAGCAAGGGCAUGAUGCCACCACUGAACACCCAAAGGAUAAGCAGUUCUCAGUCCACGCAGCCCCUGGCCACCCCCGUGGUGUCGGUGACGACUCCGAGCCUGCCCCCGCAGGGACUCGUGUACUCGGCCAUGCCCACUGCCUACAACACUGAUUACUCCUUGACUAGUGCAGACCUGUCUGCCCUGCAGGGAUUUAACUCCCCAGGAAUGCUGUCCCUGGGGCAGGUGUCUGCCUGGCAGCAGCACCACCUCGGUCCCGCAGCCCUCAGCUCUCUUGUCACUGGCAGCCAGCUAUCUCAGGGUUCAAAUCUCUCCAUUAACACCAACCAAAACAUCAACAUCAAGUCGGAACCCAUCUCCCCUCCCCGGGACCGCGUCACCCCCUCCGGGUUCCCGCCGCAGCAGCCGCAGCCGCCGCAGCCGCCGCCGCCGUCGCGCCAGGAGCUGGGGCGCUCCCCGGUCGACAGCCUGAGCAGCUCCAGCAGCUCCUACGACGGCAGCGACCGCGAGGAUCCGCGCAGCGACUUCCACUCGCCCGUGGUGCUGGGCCGGCCGCCCAACGCGGAGGAUCGUGAGAGCCCCUCGGUAAAACGAAUGAGGAUGGACACGUGGGUGACAUAAACCCGCCGUGCCGCCCUUCCCGUUUGUGUUCUCAAAAUGAACUGUCCUGACAUAUCGAAAUUUAUAAAUAAGGACAUGAAUAAGUAUAUUUAUAUGUAUAUACAUACGUGCAUAUAUAUAUCUUCACAUGCAUAUAUAUGUGCUAGUGUGUGUAGCAUACACCAAUCAUCAGGCACUUACGACAAACUCUUGUAUAGCUGCAGAUGUCCCUUGGUCAAAGUAACAGAACAAUCCCGUAGGUUUGAUCUCUAGUCUGGCACUUACCUGGACUCGUGUGUGACCCCGGCCCGGCCGCGCGCAGCCGUGUCCCCGCAGUGUCUCCUCCUCCUCCACACCCACCGAGCGAGGGCUCGCCUCUAGUACCGUCCCUGUGUGUAGUCAGCUCUAUGGUUACUCGUAGUUAAGAAAUAAUUGCUUUGUAGCAGCAGAGCAGUAGAAAAGCAGGAAGAAGAAAGCAAUACUGUACAUAAACUGACCUUUCUAUUACCCAACCUGGCAUGGGUCUCUAUUGCAGAGGGUGCAUGGAGAAGGGCUGAUGCUAUAAGAAAUAUAAAAAAAAAAUACAAAAACCCUGUUUUGCACGUGCAAAAAAAAAAAAGUGUAUUGGGUCAAAGAAGUGAUUUUUUUAAUGAGUGAAAGAGAGACAUAGAGAACUCGCAUGAAAUAUUCAGAAAAUAUUAGCCUAGAAAAUAGAACAUUAACAAAAUAAAAUUAAUAUAUUAAGUUAUAAUUGGAAUAUGUUUGACAAAUUUGUUUUUACGUUCAUACCUUUGAAAAAUAUAGAAACUGAUUUUAGCUCAUGUAUAUUUUAUAUUAAAGAAAACAAUACCCUAAUGAAUUGAAGACUAUAUAUAAAGUUAUAUACAGUACUUUUGAACACAUUCUGCUAUGAAUUAUUUAUAUAAGCCAAAGCUGUAUGUUGUAGCUUUUUUGUAGAGUAUAGUUUUAUCUUAUUUUGACUUUCUAGUUUUUGCUUUCAAAGAUGAAAAGGAAAAACUUGCAGGCGGAACCUUGGGGGAAAAAUAAGCCAUGAACACUUAUAUGUAAAUUUAAAUUUGAGCCAAACUCUUUGUGUAUAUAGCAUCCUAAAUAUAUUAUCACCUUUGGUGUAAGUACCUAUGUAUUGUACGGUCACCAGAUUAAAAAGUAUAUUUUUGUGGAUUGACGCCAACUUGAAACAAGGCGAGGUCCUUAUUAAGUAGAGUAUUCACUGUUUAAUAUUUACUAUUUUGUUAAAUAUACUGUACUUUCUUUGGAUUUUAAUUAUUAUUAAUAUUAUUAUCCAGAUUUUUCAGAGGGUGUAUAAAGGGGUUGGCCCCCUCACUGGUGGUGAAUGUGUGCCGUUCAAUUGUAAUCUCUGUGCUGUAUGGUUAAGCUUCAUUAUACAUUUUAUAUAUAUGUAUAUAAAUAGCAAAGUGGCAAAAAAAAAUCCGGUGUUAAGUUCAUCCUGCAUAAAUAUAAAAAAUCUGUUACAACACAUUUUAAGGCAUCAUUUUAAAGCUGCCUCUUCCGAGGAGGAGAAAAAAAAAAACAGUGGAAAAACUUGACCUAAUUUCUCAUGAUAGGGAAAUGACACAUAUCAGAGGAGCACAAAAGGUUUUGUGAGUUGGCAAGUGGUUUGGGAAAAAUUUGCUGCUUCCAAGAAAGAGAGGUAGGAAUGCAGAGCCCCUUGUGCUGCGAGACUGGGCUGGGAGCAGGUUUGGUGUUGGAUGCUCCCAGUCGCUUCCAGGCUGGCAGUGCUGGUUCUGGUGGGAGCUGCACAGCCCUGGGAUUGCCCAAACUCUUCAGAGUUAGCCCUGAUAUUUAUGACAGUUUUUGCUUGGGCUUUGUAUUUUUUUUUUGCAGUUCAGAAAAUCCCUUGAUGCAGUAAGGAAGGGGUGAGACGGGCGGUGUCCCUGAGGUAGCUGUGCCCUCCAGCCCUGUCUCGUUGUCCUGGCAAGGUCCAGACCCGCGGGAGCUCCAGUGCCCUCUGGCCCUUGGAACUGCCGCCCAUGGCCGUGGGUCCGUCCUGGCUGGCAGGAGCCUGGAGGCAGAAGGGACGGGUUCCCAUGGCCGCUGUGUCCCCAGUGACCCAAUUCACUUGCUGCUGCCUGGAACCUUUUGCUGCUCCAACCAGUGAUGUGAGUUCCAUGAUUUAUGCACCUGUAUGAACUUUGCUGUACAUCCGAGUGGGAGUUCUGCAUUCACAUUUACUGUCUAUUUUCUUGUGUGCCUUAUCAGAUGGCUUUGCUGACUGUAUCUCAAUAGUCUUUAUUUCUAUGCAGGUUUUUAAACAGUAUUUAACUACUGUUUUCUUAAAGACAAAGCUACACAAGGGUUAGAGUUUAUAUUGAAAUUGCACCAAUGAAUUAAAAAAAAUAAUGAAUCAGUUCUAAAGAGCUGGGCUGGGGAGCAGCCCUGUGCUGCCCCAGCCCUUCAGAAACGUCCUUCCACAGCCCUCCGGUCUGGGGGAGCACCUCCUGCCACCGAGGACAUGGGGAAUCCUGGUUUUUAAUAACAAGUAACUCACUUUGAAACAUACUUUUUUAGAAAUUGUAAAAAUGUUUUAUAAAAAAAAAAAAGAUGACAUAGCACAGAUAUUUCAACAGGUUUAAAAAAAAAAGCUUUUUAAAAUUAUCUCUGCUGACUGAAGUGCAAGUGGAUCCAAUCCUGGGCUGAACCCAGUCAGGUCUGAAUGAUUUAAGAUUUUUAUCUCUGUUGUGACAAAUCACCUCCAUCCUCGAGCUCUCACGAUAGUUUUGAGAACGCCACGUUGUCAGGGACUCGUCAGAGAGAACUGCUUUAGCCUUGCCUUCCCUCCAAGGACACUAAUGCAUCAGAAACUUGCGAGUUACUGUGCGCACAAGAAAUACAUAGUAAAUAAGGAACAAAACAACUCCUAACAAUUGAUCCUGGGCAGAAGUUAAAUCCGAAUGUGAAAGAAAGACUUAACCAAUGUAAACAUUUAAAUCUUAGUAGAACCUUUCUUCACUUUGCUGUGCAAGAGAACACUGCUUUGCUAUAUUUAAAAUGGCUUUUUUAAAAGAGAUUUAUGUAUUUGGUAAAUGUUUGUAGUCAACAGUUCACAAGAAGCUGUUCACGGUUUAAUGCUGAUAAGCCGUUUGGCGGCACAAGCUGGACUUUGUUGCCAUCCUUGAGACGAAUCUUUUAAGAAAAAAAUAAGUUAAUCUCAAUUUUUUUCCCUGAAUGUGUUGUUUUUUCUUCAAUAUACAAUAAAUAUUCUAGUGAACUUUUUAUCAAAUGGUUAAGAAAAUGCUAGAGGUUGUUGUAAAAUAUUUGUAUCCUGCAUUCACUAAAGUAAAGAUACUGGCUUUUACUGUGUA